CUGUGUGUCCGUUUCCAUGGAGACGGGCGCGCACACGCGCCUCGUCGCAGGGGCUGAGUUCUCACGUCGCACGGGUUUAACGUGAACGAACCUGGUGCUAUGAGGACGCGCGGGCGAGAAGGAGAGCGACGCACGCAAAUGGCUUGAAGCGAAUGUUUCGGACCUGACCUGCGUCACCGGGAUGUUUAGGAAAACGGGCCGCGUUGGUGCACCAUGAGCGGCUCGCGGGGAUUCCUCCACAAACAAAGGCCGGGCGUUUCGGCGGCACGUUAGCGGCGGCGGCGGCGAUCCGGGGAGCACGCGGCGCUCACGCAGCUCGGAGGCCCAUGAACGCAGCCUGAGAUGAUGAACCGCUACACCACCCUGAAGCAGCUGGGCGACGGCACCUACGGCAGCGUGCUGAUGGGGAGGAGCAACGAGUCUGGGGAGCUGGUGGCCAUCAAGAGGAUGAAGAGGAAGUUUUACUCGUGGGAGGAAUGCAUGAACCUGAGGGAAGUGAAGUCGCUGAAGAAGCUGAACCACGCCAACGUGGUGAAGCUGAAGGAGGUCAUCAGGGAGAACGAUCACCUGUACUUCGUCUUCGAGUACAUGAAGGAGAAUCUCUACCAGCUGAUGAAGGACAGAGAGGAUAAGAUGUUCUCAGAGAAUGAAAUUAGGAACAUCAUGUUUCAAGUGCUGUCUGGGUUGGCUUUUGUGCACAAGCAUGGUUUCUUCCACCGAGACAUGAAGCCAGAGAAUCUGCUGUGCAUGGGCCCAGAACUGGUCAAAAUCGCUGACUUUGGUCUGGCCAGAGAGAUCCGCUCCAAACCUCCGUACACAGACUACGUUUCAACCAGAUGGUACCGAGCUCCAGAGGUCCUGCUCAGGUCGUCCACCUACAGCUCCCCCAUCGAUCUGUGGGCCUUGGGCUGCAUCAUGGCUGAGCUCUACACGCUCAGACCGCUUUUCCCUGGUAACAGUGAGGUGGACGAGAUCUUCAAGAUUUGCCAAGUUUUGGGGACUGUCAAAAAGAUGGAUUGGCCAGAAGGCUACCAACUAGCUUCCGCGAUGAACUUUCGCUUCCCCCAGUGCGUACCCACCCACCUGAAGACCCUGAUCCCAAGCGCCAGCAGUGAGGCCAUCACGCUGAUGAGGGACCUGCUGCAGUGGGAUCCAAAGAAAAGACCUACAGCUGUACAAGCGCUGCGCUACCCAUACUUUCAAGUAGGUCAGGUGUUGGGACCUCGUCCUCAAAGCCAGGAGAUCAAGAAGGUCCAAGCGAAGCUGCUGGCCCAGAAGCAGAUGUCAGAGUCCAAGGUUGAGGGGUCUUCCUCCGAGUCCAAAGCCUCCACAAGCUCCUCCAAAAAUCAGCAGGAACAACAUCAGCCUCUUCAGCAGAUCCCUUUACCUCAAGCUGAAAGUAAACCAGUGGACCUCAGCCAUGCGAAAGCAGCAUCUCUGGGCAGUGAGAACGGCGGAGGGCCGGGGGCCCUGAAGAGCGGCCGCCGCCGCUGGGGCCAGGUGGCGUCCAGGACCUCAGACAGCUGGGAGGAGUCGGACCCGUCUGAGACGGCCGCCUCCACCUCCAAGAAGCCCAGUCUGGGAGACGUGGAGGAGGGGAAGAACCCGAAGGAGCUCCGGCCACAGCCCAGGGAACAGAAACCUCUGUAUUCCUUCAGCACGGUUACCAAGCUACCCAACAAUAUUAAAAUGGGCCAAAUAGACGCUAAUCUUCCAGGAUCUGCUGCCCGGCAGCACUAUCUCAGUCAGUCACGAUACCUGCCAGGCUGUAUCAGCAAGAAUCAGACAUCCUCCACCGACAAGGAGCUGAGCGGCAUGACGUUACGGGACCUGUGGGAAAACUCCUCCAACGCCGUGAAUAAGCCCCUGGCUCCCAUCGGAGCAGGAAUGUCUGUGACCAGAGCCAACGCAGAGGAGAAUCCCUCUAGUUCUGUGGAUGGCACGCCAGAGAAAGCAAUUGUGAAAGAAAGAAUACUGGAGAAAAUUGAUCUCUCCAAAGGGAACUUUAUAAGCACCAAGUACAACCUCCCCAGCGGGUACAUCCCUUCAUUCCAAAAGAAAGAGGUGGGGUCUGUGGGACAGAGAAUCCAGCUGGCCCCUCUGAGUGGACAGCACACAAUCAGUCUCUCUUCUUCUCCUGACAUUAAAAAAGACAAACCCAAAGGUGCAAAGCCCAAGUCCACGUCCAACUCAUCGUUGAGUGAAACAAAUGAAGAUUACGAAGACUGGAAGAAGAGGAGUGAGAGGCCUCAGGUGAAGGGAAACAGCUACUCGGCUCUGGGAAAAACCUCUGGGAAUCUCCUGAGCAGAGCUCCAGCGAUACAACCCGUCCACGGCCGCGUGGACUGGACAUCCAAGUACGGUGGAAAUCGGUAGUUCAGGAAGGACGGGGGUUGCCAUGGAUGCACAGAACGAACACACAACACUGGUCGCUUCCAGAAGACGUGUGCAUGACGCAUCCCAUGCACUUUGCAAAGACGCUAUUCUGUUUAGAUGUGCAGGCUCAUCUUCUCACUCUCAGUUUCUGAGAUGAAAGUUGCCAUGACGCUGAACCAGCACUGUUUCUGCUGCAAGACAAUCCCACUGGGUCCCUGAAGGAAACUGUGUGAGCCAAUUCUACUGCAGUUUAGUGUGCAGAUAAUCUGAAUAGGGUUAGGACAGGUGCCUGAAUGUGGCGUAGCUAAACUCUAGUUUUUAUUUUAUAGUAAAGUUUCACUACAUACACUACCGUUCAAAAGUUUAGGGUCACUUAGAAAUGUCCUUAUUUUUGAGAGAAAGGCACUUUUUUGCAAUGAACGAUUUAGAAAUACACUGUUUACAUCACUAAUGUGGUAAAUGACUAUUCUAGCUGGAAAUGUCUUAUUUUUGCUGCAAUAUUUACUUAGGUGUAUAGAGGCCCAUUUCCAGCAACUGUCACUGCAGCGUAGUAAUGGUACAUGUGUCUGCUCAUUGCGUCAGAAGGCCCAGAUUAUCAGAUUACCUCAACAAAUGAACAUUCAGAAUGCCAAAGGCCUGCAAUGCUGUAAUUGCUGCAAAUGGAGGAUUCUUUGACGAGAGCAAAGUUUGAGGAUUAAAAAAAAUUAUUUGAAAUACAA